CGCAGUUCUGAGUGUACAUAUCUUCCAAUACUUCUACUUACGGCUAGUCAAGUCCUGUCUUGGCAUGGUAGAGACUCGAGCAGAGAGAUACUACCGGCGCCAACUGAAAUCGCAACCUCCACCUACAACACACCAAACAACAACCACAAUCAAUUGACCAACAUGGCCGACACAGAAAUGGAAAUUGACCCUCCCGUCGAGGCGACCGAAGCCAAGGCCAGCGAUGCGCGCACCGCCGCCGGCGCAACCGCCGUCCGAAGUAUAGAAGGUUGGAUCAUCAUCGUGACCAAUGUGCACGAAGAAGCGACCGAGGAGGACCUGCACGACAUGUUUGGCGAGUUCGGGACGAUCAAGAACCUACAUCUCAAUUUGGAUCGACGGACGGGUUAUGUGAAGGGAUAUGUGCUCAUUGAGUAUCCUACUCUCGAUGAGGCGAACGCUGCUAUCAAGGAGGCGCAUGGCAAGGAAUUGCUCGAGCAGACCGUCGGUGUCGAUUUCGCGUUUGUGAGGCCGCCGCCGCCCACCAAGGGAGGACGUAACCGCGACGACCGUGACAGGAGGAGCGGGAGGGCCAGGAACCGGAGUAGAAGCCCUGGUAGGGAUGGGGACGAUGCAGACGAUUGAGGAUGCGAAUUUUGCGUGACCCUGACUGGGUCAAGAAGUCAAUGACCGCAACUUGGACGAGCACAGGCAAUCGAUACCACAAGAAUUGAUGAGAGAUGUUUGUGGGCAUAAUUACAUUGCCCUCCAGUAUUAGGCACCUGCAAAAUCAUAAGCUCGCUGGUCCGUCUUGUUUCAGACGGGCCAGCUUCACAAUAUCAUUGAGUA